AUGCUCAAACUGAACAAAUUCAUCUGCUGGCCGCUGGGCUUGUGGCCACUCGACGGCGACGGGAUUUUCUCCUGGUUUCGAUUGGUUUUUGCUGGCAUUAAUCAGCUGUGGAUGAUGUGCGUCCAACUGGCGGCGGUAUUUCUCAACUGCGGCGACUCGAGCGACAAAGUCGACUACAUCAUGAUGACGGUGUGCGCAGCAAUGGCCCUGACGAAGAUGAUCGCGUUGCGCGUCCACAUGGCCAAGAUCCGCGAGGUCUUGCUCGGCUCGCUCGACGAUUGGACGGCCUUGGACGAGAGCAAGAACGAGCAGGACCGAUCGCUGAUGUGGUCCUACGGUAAGACCGGCCGCAGAGUCAUAUUAUACCAGAUGAUCAAUUGUUACGUGUCGAACACGCUCAUCUUUGUCGGAUCUCUCCCCUUCCUCAUGCCACCGAUGGACCAGAGCAACGCUACUCUCGGCAACGAAACGAUGGUAGGGAUGGUUCGGCAACUACCCCUCCGAACCGGUUGCAUGUUCGGUAACACUAGGAACGGCCUCUACGCGAGUCUGUACGCCUUGGAGACUUUGACCAUCCAGACCACGGCUCACGGCAACAUCGGCUCGGACUGCUUCAUUUUCAGCCUCAUGAUGCACCUGUGCGGCCAGUUGGAGCUGCUGAGAAAUCGGCUCUCGACGAUCGGCGACGGAACAAGCGCCGAGAGCAAAGAGGAGGAGGAGGAGGAGCGGAAGAAAACCGGCCGGGAAAUCCGCGAGCGCGUCGAAAGACACUCGCAGCUGCUGGAGCUGGCCUCUGGUCUGAACGCGACCCUGUCGGGUGUGCUGAUCAUACAGCUGCUGCUGAACGCCGGCCUCAACCUCAUGCUGUGCAUCCGCAUAAUCCUGGCCCUGAAGAGCGGCGUGGCUCUGGCCGCGGUGAGGCCCCUCCUGGCCUUCGGGGUGCUCAUGCUGCAGCUCUUCCUGCUGUGCUACGCGAGCGAGCGGCUCUGCCAGCAGCACGAGGCCCUCGCCGACUCCAUCUACCAGAGCAAAUGGUACGAGCUGCCGAUCGAGCAGAGGAGGAACCUCAAUUUCAUGGCGGCGAGAUCGAGCAAGCCGAUUUACCUUAUGGCCGGUCACUUUUACGCCAUGAAUCUCGAGAACUUCAAAAACAUACUCAAAGCUUCCUUCUCCUACUUUUCCAUACUGAGAAUUAUGUUCGACGCCGAAGAAAAAAAUGAAAGCACCAGGCCAAUUUUUCGCUGUCGUUUAUCAGUUCAGGCCUGUACUGUAUCGAUUUCAGCAUAA